AUGGAACUUUUUAACAUACAUGCAUGUGCCUAUAUUGUGCUUCACCAUAUCAACCUUAAAUCUUCUUGUCCUGCUAAUAUCGAUGAAUCUACUUGGCUUCGCCUAGAUGCGGUUAUCAAAGAGUGGAUCUACACAACAAUCUCUUUGGAUCUCAUGAAAAAUGGGGCUACAGCUCAAGAACUCUGGAACCGUCUUGAAGAAAUAUUUCAAGAUAAAAAUGAAACAAGAGCAGACUACAUCGAAGAACAGUUCAACACCACUCGUCAAGAUUCCUUCUCAAACAUCAACGAUUACUACUUCCCUCUAAAAAACCUUGUUGAUCAACUCACCAAUAUAAGUAACUCGAUCACUGGAAAUAAAAUGUUUCUACAAUUGAUUUUCGGUUUAACAAAAGGUGGCUACGAUACCAUUGUUGCGUUCAUUCAACAAAAUGACCCAUUGCCAAGUUUCAAUAAGGCUUGUUCUUAG